AUGUUGAAAAAAUACACUGAGGAUCAAAGAUUAGAGAAUGAAAUGGAUAUAUUUAGACAUUCACUGGUCAUUUAUCUAAGCGGGUUUCAUAUCGUCUGGUGUUGGGUGGUUAGUCCUUCUCAGGUGGGCGAAAUGGUUGAUAUAGAUUGGCGCUUUUAUACUGUAAUGACUAGCUUAGUUCUGAUUGUGCCACUCAUCGUAUUGUCGUCCUUCAGAUUUAGAACCAAUCCAUUAUUUGCACUGAUCCUGAUUGAAAUAACAAUUCUACUAUGGUCUUUGGAUAUCAUAUUGAUGUGUUGCACUACGUUCGACUACUCAUGUUAUCUCUUAAUUGGCUUCAUUUUUCUGCAAGACGCAUUCCCAAUCAUCUAUUACUUCGUAAAUAAAAAAUUGAAACGAGAAGUAGAGCUCACAAUGUUGUCAAUAUUAUUGACUUGCUUUAUAGCUGUUUUAAAUAUCUUUUCCCUGAAACCGAAUAAACGUCUUUUGUUUGAGUUGGCUGGCUGCUUCUGGAACACUUCUGUAGUUUCGGCGGCAUUUGUCUUCAUUAGCUUACUCAAGUAA